UAAAUUUCCGUGCGCUGUUUAUUGUUGUUAGUUAAAUCACUAUUCAAACACAAAACAUACAUAUUCCGAUAAAUAUUUGUAUUACUUAAGGCAAGAAUCUUUCGGUUAAAACAUGAAGUUGGUUCCAGCCACACUUCUCAUCGGACUGGCUGCAUUGAUCCUAGUGCCCUGUGGCCAGUGCCGCAAUCUGGCCAGCAGCUCGAUCGUAGUGGAUGGCGCUGCCCAGACGAAUGCGACCGCAAUCGCCGCCAAGCGAAGCAACGAGACUGAGGAGGCGAAAGCCUCGUCCGCAUCGCAGCCGGUGUCCAGCACCGUGAUUAGACAUAUUGUACGCAGGAAACGCGCAGAGAAGGAGCCCACGUUGCCCUUUGAGUUCCCCACAACGCACAUGCCAUGCGACCUGGACCAGAACGGCCGGGCACAAGUUGUUGAUGCGUUUCCCAACCACUGCAUCUGGGUGUGGAACCACAAGUAUGCGUCCGAGGACUUCUUUCGGGUGUUCAAGACCUAUCAGCUGGAGGCCUUCUUCUUUGGCCAGUACUAUGAGCGCUUGAAGCGCUUCGAAAUCGACCCGCACUCCUGGGACUACAGCAACGCUGGCGCCUAGUGAUAGCAUCAAUGUUAGCAAUGCAAAAAGCGAUUACAAAAUUCACUGUGCUCUUCUCUGGGUAAUUCAUGAAAAAAAUAGAAUAAACGUGUUGGUUUCACUAUUCAGAGUAAA